GUGCCGCCUCGCCGCACAGCUUCUGCCCUUUGCCCGCAUGCAAGGCCAUUGCUUCCGUUGAUUCGUCGCCUGCUCUCUAGGAUCUGGGGCCAAUCUCGUCUUGUCUCGUCUCGUCUCAUCCACUCCCCUCCAUCCAUUCACAGUGCCGUCAGACGUCAAAUGCCACCGUUCCCGCUAGUAAUUGUAGACUCGGCCGAGUCCCCCUUUCUCCCUGUUGCCCUCCCGGGCCCAAGAAAACACCACCGACAUCUGCGCUUUGUUGGAUCAAGUUCUCCUUUGCUCCGGCAAUACGCCUUCGCUGGCUCUGGGUGACACGACGCCUUUCACCAUGGGGAGAACAAGACUGCCGCUGGUGUGCCUCCUCCUCUGCAUGGCCAGGCGGGCAGCGUGUGGUGCCGUGUGCUACAACCCGGACGGCACCGUUGUUGGGGACAAGUAUAUCAUAGCCUGCAACUCGGCCGCGACGGGCGAAUCCGGCUCCCACUCGGCAUGCUGCAACCAAGGCACGGGCGACAUUUGCAUGUCGACGGGCGUGUGUGUGUCCUCGGGCUCGAAGACGCCCGACUCGAUGAUAUGGAUCAACGGCUGCACCGAUUCCACCUGGAGGGAUCCUGUGUGCGCUCAGUACUGCAACCCCCCGCCCAAUGCAACAAAGGGCUACAGCCGUGUGAUGAAACCCUGCGGAGAGAAGACAUGGUGUUGCAGUGGAGCCUACCUCACGGAUGCCGAGUGCUGCCAGAACAGCUUCAUGUUGAUCCGCAAGCUCGGAACUGUCGUGCGCCAGCUCUCUCCCUCUGACAGUCCCGCCUCGGCAAACACCCCCGCAACCACCGACGCAGGAAUCAAGACCCUCUUGUCGAGCCAAACACAAGCUGCCCCCGAGAAAGCCACACAGGGAAACAGCCAGAGCGACGGCCAGAGCGACGGCCAGACAAACGGCGACAGUGACAGCCAGACCAACAACCAGAGCGACAGCCAGACCAACAACCAGAGCGACAGCCAGACCAACAACCAGACCAACAACCAGACGAAUAGCCAGACCACCGACCAGGGCAACGGCCAGAGCAAUGACCAGGAAAAUGACCAGAGCAACGGCCAGAACAACAGCCAGAGCAACGGCCAGAACAACAGCCAGAGUAGCGGUGCUGGCACCUCCAAGAGUGCCACCAAAACAACCACCCGGCCGUCUGCCCAGACCACAUCAGCACCAGACGGUGGCACCUUGGCCAACACAGGGAACAACAGCACCCUGACGCCCAGCGACGGGCCAACCUCCAAAAAUAACAACACAGCACCCAUCAUCGGCGGGGUCCUCGGCUCUUUACUCUUGGCCGUCUCCAUCGCCCUCGCCGUGGCAGUCAUGCAGAACCGCCGGCUCAAGCGCCUCGUCGACGCAGCCAAGGCCGAGCCGUCGCAGCCCAGGGUCUCGGCCAACGACAAAUACCAGUACACCAAUAGCAGCAGCAGCAGCAGCGACGAGCAUCCCGUCGCAUACCAGUACCAGUACACCACCCCGGCGCCGCCGCCAGUGCCGCCGCCGCCGCCGCCAGUGCCGCCGCCGAGGACGUCCGAGCCGAGGAUCUGGCCGUCCCAGGAGCUGCCCACCACAGAGAACGCCGUCAAUCAGCUUCCAUGA